AUGCGUUACCCCGUUUCGUUCUCCAAGCUCUGGAAGAAGGCCCAUGAUAGUCCAACCGAAUUCAGCGCAUGGACUGCGUUAUUGGAUUUGGUGGAGAAACAACAAAACAUCGAACAUGCGCGCAAAGCAUUCGAUGACUUUUUCCAACACUUUCCAUACUGUUACGGGUACUGGAAGAAGUGGGCGGAGAUGGAGAAACAUAAAGGCGACAAAUUGCGUUCACUAGAGGUAUACAAAGCUGGUGUGAAAGCGGUUCCUCUCAGUGUUGAUUUGUGGACUGCCUACCUGGAAGCCGCAAUUGAUUACUACCAUGGACGUGAUGAAUACGAGGAAACGAUGCGCAGCUGGGAAACGGGACAUAAUCGAUUGAGGAAUGCCGUUGAUGUAUAUACGCGAUUACUGCAAACCCCUACACAACUGUAUUUCCAAAACUGGGAUAGCUUUAACAAACUUGUAGAGGACAAUCGGCCCGAGGACCUCCUGUCUCGCAACGAGUUUGCCCGAUUUCACGCUCAGGUAUCUCUCAAGGCUGCGAAAGUUCAACCCUUCAAACAGCCAGACGUUGAUGCUGGUGAUGACUUGGAACCGCCAAUCGUUGGUGUCACGAAACCUGUAGUCGAAAUUACGGACACUGCUCGCUCCGCCAUCCGGGAACUUUUGAUAGCUUCUCGGGAACAACUCUACCAGGCAACCUAUACGCAAAUUAUGAAACGUUGGUACUUUGAAGAAAAGAUCCGCCGUCCCUAUUUCCACGUCAAACCGCUAGAGGAAGUGCAACUCACUAACUGGGCCGAAUAUUUGAGCUUCGAAGAAGCUGAGGCAGCUGCCGUUUGUGCUAACUUGCGAGAAGAGUUGAAGUCACAACAUCCAGAAAUGUCUGAUGAAGAGCUUGAUAAUGCCGUGGCCAGCUCGGAUACGGGAAAACUGGCCAAACGUCGCGUCCUGGUGUUGUAUGAACGCUGUCUGGUCCCAUGUGCGUUGUAUGAACACUUUUGGAUUCGAUAUGCGCGCUAUUUAGAGAUAACUGAACGCAACAUCCCAGGCGCACGAGAGGUGUGGCGGCGUGCAUGCACUUUGCAUUUGCGCUACAAACCAACCAUUCACUGGCACUGGGGUUGUUUCGAAGACCGAUACCCGUCCGAUUUGGACACACCACCAACCUAUCCAGUUCGGACGUGUUUGGAUAUUCUGACCGAGCUGGAGGCGCGCAUGACAGACAGUGCAUUGGUCUGUUGCAGGCGGGCGGACGCUAUGCGCCGUGCGAAGAAACCACUUUUCGAUAUUAUUGCCUGUCUCCGAAGUGGUAUCAACCGACUUCGUUUUCUGGCAGAAGAACAAACUAAGUUAGCCAAAUCCUUAUCUGGUCCUACGGCAUCACGCACAGUCGCUCAAGCCCUGGCAACCGCGGCGCAAGCUCGUGCUGGGGCUGGUGUUCUAGCCGGACGCAUUGCGCGUUUGUUGCAUCGGGAUGAAUCAGUCAUUCCGACGGAUGGUGUUCCGCUGUGGAUGCUGUUGUUGCACACCGUACACGAUGAAGGGGAGGACGAUAAACAGGAGGAUAUAUUUCCAGUUCCUGAAGUCGAGGAAGAACAAAUCAAGCCAGAGGAGGCGGAAAAUGAAGAAGCCAAACAACCAGGGUCGGACGAAUCUAUGGACAGCAGCAUGAAGGCAGAUAAAGAGGGUUCUGCAUCUGGUAACUCCGAGGACGAGGCUAUGGAUGAAGGUCAAGACGAUGAGGAUGAAUGUGGUGAGUCUAGCUCUGCGGAAUCUAUGGAUGAUGAUGGAGAGGUAGAACCAGUUGGCGAGGAUCGAAAGGCAUCCCCGGAUACAGAACAACCUGAGGAGGAUGGCUCUGCGUCUCCCCCGGUUCUUCCGGUUACUCGUCCUGAUGCAACCAACGGGAAGCGCAAGGCAGAUGCAACGACCGACUCAGAAGGGCGUCAGAGCAAGAAAAAUAAACGGGCAAAGAAGAGUGUCAAGUCUGAGGAGGAGAAAGAAGAGGAAGAUGAGGCAGCUGCCGCGAGGGCUGCAGAAGAAGAACGAAUCAAAAAGGAAAAGGAGUUGGCGGCCGCAGAAGAGGAGCGUAUACGUAGCUUAUUGGACAAACGUCACCGGCUUAUUCAUCUGCAUGCACCUCCUCUGGAGACGCUCACAGAGGAAGAAAAAUCAGUGCUCAAGCCCGAGGAGGCAGCCAUUCGGAUUUUAAAGGAAGCGAUAGAAUAUGAUCCCCGUAAUGAACGAUUGUACGCGCAUCUACUGGAUAUUAUCUAUCAGCGUCGCCCGCCUGAUAUUGAAGCGUUUGUUGAAGUCACCAAUUCAGCCACCAUCGACUCAAUGCUACCAGCUGCCGUCAAACUAGCGUUCUGUCAACGCAAGUUACAGUUUCUGGAAGAGUUCGACACCGAUGUGUCCCGUCUGUGUCUUGCCUAUGAAGAGUACUUGGGUCUUUGUGAGGCCGUGAACAGCGGUGUGGCUGCAGCCGCUGCGGCUCGUGGCACAACGCGGUUCACAUCAGGCUACCCACUUCCAGAUCUGCUCAACCUUCCGUCUGCCUCUGCUAGGAUGACUGCUGUGGCUGGUGCUGGUUCUGGAGAUGCGCUGGUUUCUGCCGGCCCCGUUGCUCGUCUUCCUUGCCUUAACACGGAUCAAGCGGCAUUAGAGGCUGCUGCUUCUGUGGGCACUCCGACUCCGGAUCCCUCCACUUCUGCAGGUUACUUCACCGGCGGAGCCUACGAACCUUUGGCCGCAGCACUGGGAAACGUCACAGGUCUACCACCCCAAGCCCCAACAAACAUACCGCUCAUGAACCCUGCGCUCACUAUGGAUGCCGCUUGGGCUCCACCAGCUGCUGCCGAUCCCUAUGCGUCCUACUACUACGGUGCCGUCGGUGCUGCCGCUAUGCCCGUUUCAAUGGACUAUGCAGCACCAACAACAUCUGCCAGCUUGUCUACGUCCACUGUUAGCUGAGUUGCGGUCCAGGCGUUUUUAUUUUUCCAUGUAUUCUAUCCUGAUUGCAUUUAGAACGCCA